AGUUAAAAGAACAAAAAGAGACAAAAUAGCAGAAAUAAAGAAAUAAAGAAAUAAAGAAAGAAACAUUCAGUGAGAAGCUUUUUACAUUCAAUAAAAACUCAAAUAUAUAAGAGGAUGAAAAAGUAAAGAAUAAAUAAAUUACAGGGCACAGAUUAAUAGAUAGGUAACAUUAGUGGAUCAUUUUAUAUCUUUCAAAUAUUAUAUUUAGUUUUUCUAUUUUUCAGCUUGACUCGAGAAUAAGUAAUAGAGGUUAAUAUUAUAUUAUUUAUUAUAUUAUAUUAUAUUCAUUAGAAAUAAGGUGACGUUUUGUUUUUCUAUUGGUCCAUUUCAUUUUAUGUAUAUAGAGAAUUCUCUAAAUAUUAGACGUACAGUUAACAGGUCAACGUGAUGACGUCACCAGCGUGACGCCCGCGCACUGAACGUAAAAUCAUAACUGAACCUCACGAGCCGACAGCAGAGUUCCAGACUCACACCUGAAUAACACACACCUGUUACACUUUUACCUGACUAACACUAACCUACCUGGUCCCGAGCUCACCUGUCCAGCUGUCUCUCACCUGUCUUUCCCGGUUAGUGUAUAUAGUCCACCGUGGAGGAACCGGAGGACCGGAGAGGACCGGAGGUACCGAGCGGAGGACCGGAGCGUCAGCAGCGGGAGGAGGAGCGCAGGUUUCCGGUCUGUCUGCUCGGUGUUCCCGGUGAACCUGUAGAGUGAUGGGGGCCGUGCUCGGGGCUCUGUCUCUAACCAGCUGGGUGCCGUGCCUGUGCAGCAGUGCGACCUGUCUGAUGUGCAGCUGCUGUCCCAGCACCAGGAACUCCACGGUGACCCGGAUCAUCUACGCCUCCAUCUUGCUGCUGGGGACCGUCGUCGCCUGCAUCAUGCUGUCGCCGGGGGUGGAUCAGCAGCUAAAACGGAUCCCAGGGUUCUGUGAAGACGGAGCCGGCUCUUCCUUCCCCGGCCUGCAGGCCGACCUCAACUGUGAGAUGUUUGUGGGCUACAAGGCCGUGUACCGCGUCUGCUUCGGCAUGAGCAUGUGGUUCCUCGGGUUCUCCGUCCUCAUGAUUAACAUCAAGAACAGCAGAGACCCCCGAGCUGCCGUCCACAACGGGCUCUGGUUCUUUAAGUUUGCCGUCUUGGUGGCGGUGACAGUCGGUGCCUUCUACAUCCCAGACGGGCCUUUUACCUACACGUGGUUCGUGGUGGGUUCGGGUGGAGCUUUCUUCUUCAUUCUGAUCCAGCUGGUGCUGCUGGUGGACUUCGCCCACUCCUGGAACGAGUCCUGGGUGGACAAGAUGGAGACCGGCAACUCCAGGUGCUGGUACACAGCUCUGCUGGCGGUGACCAUCCUCAACUACAUCCUGUCCUUCAUAUCCGUCGUUCUGUUCUUCGUCUUCUACACCAAACCUGACGGCUGCUUCAUCAACAAGUUCUUCAUCAGCUUCAACACCUUGUUCUGCAUCCUCGUCUCCGUCCUCUCCGUCCUGCACAAAGUCCAGGAGUCUCAGAGCCGUUCAGGUCUCCUCCAGUCCUCCAUCAUCACCCUGUACUCCAUGUACCUGACCUGGUCGGCCAUGACCAACGAGCCUGAUGAAGAGUGUAAUCCCAGCCUACUGAGCAUCUUCCAGCAGAUGGCGGACCCCAGCCCGGCCCCUCUGGAGAUAGAGAACCAGACAGCGGUGGUGAUCAUCGGCCCGGAGGAACCCGUCCUCACGUCUCCGUACCUGCAGUGGUGGGACGCCCAGAGCAUCGUGGGCCUCGCUAUAUUCGUCCUCUGCAUCCUCUACUCCAGCAUUCGUUCGUCCAGCACCAGCCAGGUGAACAAGCUGACCAUGGCCUCCAAAGACUCGGCCAUCCUGGCGGAGGGCGGCAGCAGCCCCGACCUCUCCGAGGAGUCCACGGGACCCCGACGGGUGGAGGACAACGAGCGGGACAUGGUCCAAUACAGCUACUCCUUCUUCCACUUCAUGCUCUUCCUGGCUUCGCUCUACAUUAUGAUGACCCUCACCAACUGGUACAGCCCUGAUGCAGACUACACCAUUACCAGCAAGUGGCCAGCGGUGUGGGUGAAGAUCACCUCCAGCUGGGUGUGUUUGGCCCUGUACAUGUGGACCCUGGUGGCCCCCAUGAUCCUCACCAACCGAGACUUCAGUUGAGCAUCAACUCAACCUCGGACUCCACUAACCUCCUCUUGUUCUGGUUCUGGUUCAGAGGUUCUAGUUCUGGUUCUGGUUCAGAGGUUCUAGUUCUGGUUCUGGUUCAGAGGUCCAUACCAGCUGCUUCAGGUGCAGCUAUUUCCUGUAAAUGUGAUUUCUUAAUUGGACGAUCAGACUUUUUCUGCUGAAGCACAGAAACACCGUGAAGAGAAACUAUCCAUCUGUUUUUAUAUGUGAACUGUAAAUCAAAUACGAGCUCCACAAUAUGUCACAUUCUGAUAUUACGUAACAUUAAUUUCUGCCGUAGCAACAGAUUUAAUGAAAUCCAGAUAUUGUUGACUGUUUAAAGAUGCUGAAUGUAUUCCAGUAUUAAUAAUGAGGGUUGGUUUGUGAGCUGCACUCAGCAGGGAGCUCUUACAGUCUGCUGCGAUGCCUUCCGAUGCCUUAAACGUCUUAAACAUCUUAAACGUCUUAAACGUCUUAAACGUCUGUCAAAUGUUUCAGACAUGUGAAUAUAUUGAAUCUAUAUUUAGAGUAAUAUGAAGUACAUGAGUGUAGUAAACAUCCCUGCUAUAUGACUCAGAGUCUCCUGUACUGCUGCCGGGUUUAUAACCACCGUUUGACCAACUAGGACAAAACGUUAUUUUUAUUAAAGUUCCCACCUGGAGCUUUUAGUUCCUGCCAAAUAUGUGUGGACCAAGAUGUUGAAUGUAAAUGUGUCUUUGAUGAUGUUGAUAGUUUCAGGUUGUUAAAUGAAUCCUGCUUAUGAUACGAUCAACUGCUGACAUGACUGAUUUUAUUAUUUUCUGUCUUUUUUAAAUAAUAAUAAGUUGUGUUUUGUAAAGAACCCGUCAGGGACUGUUGACUGGAUGGUUAAAUAUGUUUGGGAAUAUGAAUCAAAGCAGAUUGAUAUGAUAGAAACACUGAACUGCCUUUAAGCCAAAGUGAUUCCUGUAGUUAUUCUGAGUUCUCGGUGCUUCUGAUGAUUUAUGAAACGUUUCUGUUCGCUUUGACUGAAUUUAUUAAUAAAUGAGCUGGUCCACCUCGCAUCAUGUUUAUCUGAGUUCAUCGUAUAUGUCCAUAUGUAAUCAUCCUUUCAUAUUAAAUCCAUCAUUAUAAAAACAAUAACUCAUUCUGUGGUAA